AUGGGCAGCGCGAGUUUUGAUUCAACCGUCCGUUUAUGGGAUGUUGAAAUGGGUUGCUGUCGUAAAAGCCUUCUUAAACACACAGAACCCGUCUACAGCGUUGCCUUUAGCCCUGAUGGGAGACUUUUGGCUACUGGCUCUUUCGAUAUGUGUGUACACAUAUGGGAAGUCGAUCUAUGA